AUGUACACAGUUGAGGCAACUAGUGUAACAAGUGUACAAACUCAGGAGGAGGAAAACAUAGUUGGUCAGUCUAGAGAACUGAAGCAGAGAAAAUUGAACAGAGCUCUGAGGAAGGCCAUACAGUUACAGACAUCCACGGAAUCGAUUGAAAAAGAAACAGUUGAGAUCUUCCAGGAGAUGCAAAUGAGGCAGAAAAAAUUUUGGCCGGGACAGAAGAAACAGCCGAGAGUAUUGUGCAUGAGACAUGCAAAACCAAUGAAAGCCCCAGAGAAAUUGUUGAAACUUUCCAGAUUUGAUAAGUGGAUAGCCAAAUGGAGGAAGGUCCUCCUCAAAAACUUGAAGAAGCUUCACAGAAACAAGAAAAUGAGAAGGAAACAGAUGACAAUAGUGACACAAGGACACCAAGGGACAAUAAAAAUCACAAUGGAAGAGGAUCAUCAAGCACUUGCUGAAAUAUAUGAUACAAGCAAAAGCACAGAGAGUACAAUCCUGGAAACGAAGACAGUAGAUAAUAUGGUCGUUGAAGAUGACAUCAAGAAGGAAGAAUCCGAAGAGAUAUGUGAAGACUUCAAGGAUGCAGGGGAGUUUGAGGAAACUGAAAAGCAUGACAUAACAGAAGAAUGUAUUACUAAACCAGAACCUAUUGGAGAAAAUAUAGUUCAAAGCUCUGAGGAUGACGACAAAAAGGAAGAGACACCCACAACCGAGGCAUGUGCACAGCUUGAGGCGAGUAGUGUUGGUGAGGAUGAUGAAAAACAAACUCAACAUGACGAAAACAUAGUCGACCACCAGUUUGGGGAACUUGAAGUUGAGAAAACAGAACAAAGUUCUAAAGAAGACCAAACAGUUCUCGACAUCUCAUCAAAACCUAUUGAAGAAGAAACAGCUGAAAUUUAUCCAGGAAAUCUGAACGAGGCAGAAAAGCCAGGAGAAGAGGACAACCGGAAUGUAGAAGAGAGCAAUAUUAGAGACUGCAUUCCAGAAUCAGAUGUACCAGUUUCUGUCGAGAACUUGGAAGAUGAGGAAAAGAAAGCAACAGAGCCCAUAAGAGAGGUUUCUGAGAAGUCCAAAACGGAAGAAACAGCUGAGAGCAUUACAAAUGAGACAUGUAAAACAACUGAAAGCCCCCGAGAAAUUCUUGAUACUUUCCAGGUAAAACAACAGGUAAGUUCAGAGAGUAAAGAACUGAAUGUAACUGCCGCUGAAACUUCCCGGGAAGAGGAACCACAGAAAAACGAACCAGAAGAAAAGACUGAAAGACCGUUAACUUCAAUGUCGGACAAAAAUGAGGCAUUUAAUUCAGAUGCUGAAAAUUUGCCUUGCCAGAUGGAAGAAGGGGCUCCUCAAAACCUUAAAGAAGAUCCAUAUGAAGAAGAAAAUGAGAAAGAGACGGAGGACAACAAAAUCACAAUGGAAGAGGAUAACCAAGCAGUUGCUGAAACAUCUGAUGCAAGCAAAAGCGCGGAGAAUACAAUCCUGGAACCAAAGAGAGAAAUGGAUAAGAUGGUGGAUGAAGAUGACACAGGGAAAGAGCAAUAUAAAGAGUUAUGUGAAGAUAAGGAUGUUGAAGAAGUUGAAGAAAAGGAAAACAUAGUUGAAAAGUCUGAAAAAGUGGAAGUAGAGAAAAUUGAGCCGAGCUGUAUAGAAGAACAUGAAGUUGCCAACAUGUCAUUGGAAUCAAUUGGCCGAGAAGCAGUUGAGAUCUCUUGGGGAAAUGAAAUCAAGGCAGAAGAGUCAGAAGGAAAGAACGACGUAAUUAUAGAAGAGAACAAUAUUAGAAGCCUUAUUCCAGAACCAGUUGAACAAGUUUCCGAAAAGAACUUAGAAGAUGAGGAAAAGAAAGCAAAAGAGUUCACAGAAGAGAUUCUUGAUAACUCCAAGACUGAAGAAGCUGCUGAGAGCACUAAUAAUGAGACGGGGAAAACCAUAGAAAGCCUCAGAGAAAUUCUUGAUACUUUCCAGGAGAAACGUGGAGAAAGUUUGCAGAGCGAAGAGAAAGACCUAACCGCUAUAGAAUCUUCCCAAAACCUUGAAAAAACUCCACAGAAAGAAGAAAAUGAAAAAGAAACAGAAGAAAACAAUGAUACCAAGGACAAUAGAAUAGCGAUCAAGGAGGGUCUUCAAGAAGUUGCUGAAACAUCUGAUGCCAACAAAACUACAGAAAGUUCAGUCCUGGAACUGAAGACAGAAGAGGAUAAUAUGGUGGUUGAAGAUGACAUUAAGAAGGAAGAAUCCAAAGAGUUAUUUGAAAAUUCCAAGGGUGCGGAAAAUGAUAAACAUGAGAUGACUGAAGAAUGUCGUGGUGUUGAUAAAAAAGAGGAAGAGACAUCCAAAAUUAAGCUUGAGGCAACUGGUGUGGUUGAGGAUGCUGAAACACAAACCCUAAAAGAGGAAAACCAGUCUGCAGAAUUUGAAGCAGAGAAAUCUGAGAAGAGCUUUAAAGAAGACCAGACCAUUGGCUGCAUCUCACCAGAAUCAAUUGAACAAGAAACAGUUGAAAUUUCUCCAGUUAGUGUGAACAAAACAGAGAAGCCAGAAGGAGAGAAGGUAGAACAAAUUGUAGAAGAAAGCAUCACUACAGACCUCGUUCCAGAAUCAGUUAAACAAGCUCCAGUCAAGAACUUAGAAGAUGAGGAAAAGAAAACAGAGGAGUCCACAGGAGAGAUUUCUGAUGACUCCAAGGUAGAAGAAGCAACUGAGAGCAUAGAAAAAGAGACAGGCAAAAGUAAAACCACGGAUAUCCCCGGAGUAGUUCUUGAUAAUUUCCAGGUGACACAAGGAGAAAGUUUGCCAACUGAAGAGAAGAACCUAACUGGAAAGGAAUCCUCAGCAGAAGAGAAGAUUGAAGAAUCUUUAUCUUUGAUGUCCAAUGCAGAUGGGCCAUUUAGUUCAGAUGGUGAUAACAUGUCUUGCCUGACAGAGGAAGAGGCUUCACGAAACCUUGAAGGAGCUCCACUGAAAGCAGAGAAAGAGAAUGAAACAGAAGAUAACAAUGAAACUAAGGACAACAAAAUAGAAACGGAAGAGGAUCUUCAAGCAGUUGCUGAAACAUCUGUCGCAAGCAAAAGCGCAGAGAGUAUAAUCAUGGAAUCGAUGUCAGAAAUGGAUAAUAUGACAGCUGAAGAUGACAUAAAGAAUGAAGAACCCAAAGAGUUAUGUGAAAAUUUUGUGGGUGUUGCUAAGGUUGAGGAAAUCGAAAAGCAUGAUGGUACGAAUGAAUGUGUUUCUACAAAAGAAAUAGUUCAAAGCUCUGAAGAAGAUAAAAAAGAGGAAGAGACACCCAAAAUUGAGGUAUAUUCUCACCAUGAGCCAACCAGUGUAGUGGAGCAGUCGAGAGACUUUGAAGUAGAGAAAACUGAGCAAAGCUUUAAAGAGGAACAUACAGUUGCCGACAUUUCACCGCAAUCGAUUGAACAAGAAGCAGUUGAGAUCCCUAAGGAAAAUGAAAGCAAGGCAGAAGAGUCAGAAGGAAAGAACAAAAUAGAGCAGGUAGUAGAAGAGAGCAAUACCGAUACAACAGAAACUUCACCAGAGGAAAAACCUCCGGAAAGUGAACCUGAGCUUGAACACUUGCUAACUUCAAUGUCUGACAAAAAUGAGGCAUUUAGUUCAGAUACUACUAAAAUGCCUUGUCUGAUGGAAGAAGAGGUUGCUCAAAACCUUGAAGAAGCUCAAGCUCCACAGGAAGAAGAGCAUAUGAAAGAAACAGAUGACAUCAAGGACAACGAAAUAGAAACGGAAGAGGUGAAGAAAUAA